CCUUGUAUAAGAACCCCAAUUGUCACCCUCGUUUUCUUUUUUAGUUUUUUUUUUAUUAUUUUUCGGUUUUCACAGACACAGCUGAAUGCUGAAGCAUUUAUCCCUCUCCGUUCUCCGGCCACUCCCUGUCCUGCCAACCGGUGAAGCAGACAAUUGCGACAGCUAAAAAUAACAAGAGAAAAGCUGAGAACCCCACCUUCCCAUGUACAAUAGCAGGCGGGAUUAAGAGGGAUACUUUUAUCAGUAUAAAUUAAUUAACAAGCGGCGGAGGGAUUGGAUUUGGAUGAAAAUAAGAGAUGCCUCCCAAGCAGCCAUCAAAAACCGAUUUAGCCAAGAAGCAGAAGAUAGUCGAGGACAAGACCUUCGGUCUCAAAAACAAGAACAAGUCCAAAAAUGUCCAGAAAUACGUUCAAUCCCUUAAGCAAUCCGUCCAGCCGAAACCUGACACCUCCAAAAUCAACGCCAAGAAAAAGAUGGAAGAAGAGAAGGCUAAAGAGAAGGAGCUGAAUGAUUUAUUCAAAGUUGCUGUCAGUCAACCUAAAGUACCCGUUGGUGUUGAUCCAAAAUCAAUAUUGUGCGAGUAUUUUAAGGUGGGGCAGUGUGCCAAGGGUUUUAAAUGCAAGUUCUCACACGAUUUGAAUGUUCAAAGGAAGGGGGAGAAAAUUGAUAUCUACAGCGACACGCGUGAUCAAGGGAUAGAAGAAGAUACAAUGGAUGACUGGGAUCAGGAGACAUUGGAGAAGGUUGUGGAGUCGAAAAGUAACGAGUAUAAUAAAAAUAAGCCAACUGAUAUAGUAUGUAAAUACUUUUUGGAAGCAGUGGAGAAAAAGCAAUAUGGUUGGUUUUGGGUGUGCCCAAAUGGUGGUAAAGAUUGCCAUUACAGACAUGCUCUUCCUCCUGGAUAUGUUCUAAAAUCUCAGAUCAAGGCUCUGAUCGAGGAAGAAACUGAGAAAAUAUCUAUUGAAGAGGAGAUUGAAGAUCAGCGUGCAAAAGUAGCGACUACAACUCCUAUGACUCCUGAGCUUUUUGUGCAAUGGAAGAAGAAAAAGAUGGAGGAAAGAGAUGCUAGCUUAGCUGCUCAGGUGGCUGAUAGGGCUAAAAAUGAUCGUAUGAGUGGUCGCGAGCUGUUCCUGUCAGAUGCUAGCUUGUUUGUGGAUGAUGUUGGGGCCUAUGACCGGUACCAGAGACACGAAGAGUCGGAUGUUCCUGAACAAAAGGGUGAAAAAGUCUCUACUACAGACGGACCAAGUUCUUCAACUUCAGUUGCCCAAGCUGCUGAAGGGCUUUCUGAUGACAAUGUUGAUGACGAUGAUGAGGACGACUUGGACGUGGAUGAGUUGGAUGAACUGGAAGCAAGCUUAUCGAGAGCAUCACUUCAAAUCAAUGAACCAAGUGAUAGAGUUUGAUCUUUGGUAAGAGGCAGAGUCUACAUUCUACUAAAGCCAAUAGUCUCUCAUCUGUUGGUUGGGCUGGAUAUGGUUUUCACCUUCGUGGACUUUUAUUCGAUUUUGUUGUUAUAUCGAGGUUACAUUGGAUUUUGUCUGCCGGUUAACACAGAUGGAGUACUCUCUGCGAUCAAAUGGAUCGGAGCUGUCCAGAAGAGAUUUCUUUAGUCUCCUGAAAAUGUUUUCUUGGUUUGCCUUCUCCGUUGGGGCAAGAGGGAUGUCUAUUCAUUGAGGAAUUGGCUUACAACUUUGAUAGGAUGGAGCAUGUGAUAGUUAAAUAUCAUCAUUUGUGUCCCUUUUUUCGGUAGGAAAAUGACUGUAAUCUUGAUACAGCCAUCUAGUGACAAGUCGAUGGCCAAAUUUUCAACCCUUAAAUAAUAGGUCCUCAUUCCGGAUU